AUGACCACCAUCACGACCACGGACACAACGUCGAGGAGCCGCUUGGCUGCCUUCUACAUUGCUGUCGGCGGCAUCGCGUCCUCGUUCGUGAUCUAUAACAUCUCGCGGCCCGGCCCGAAUGGCGAGCCGUCGUCUCUCCACAAGUGGUUCAGCAAAAUUUCCGACUACAAGGAUGAAUGGGAGACUAGGAAUACCCUGAUGGCGGCGGCGCUGGAGCAGGCCGCCCACGAUAAGCACCUCCUUCUGACUGCUGAACGGUCGAGGCACAUUGAGCUUAAGUACCCCGAGGUGUUCUCCCACGGCUCGCCCUUCAACGUUCCAGCCGGAUUCUAUCCCAACCUUGACCAUGUCAUUGAGCACUACAGGAAGCAACAUCUCGAGGAAGAAGAGCGCAAGGCGAAGAAGCUUGCGGCGGCUGCCGCUGCUGCUUCCGAAGCCCGCUAA